AAACGCCAUCCGGUAGCAAAGGCUUGCGUACUCGACACAAGUGCCCGGAGACGGGCAAGGCCAAGCAAGCACCGGUUCAGGAGGCGGUGCCUCCUGGUCCGGGGGCUGAGCUUGUCGCAGACCGAAACGCCAAUAUCAAAUCCGAGAUUUGCCCUCUCGACGACGUUCACAGAUCUGUAUCGAAGGCCAGCGAGGGGUUCGGCAGCUCCAAACGAAAGCAUGCAAGCAAAGGCGGAUCGGGGAUCCCUACAUGCCCGGAGUGCGGGAAGACGUUUGCUUCAGAUAAGGCACUUUUUGGCCACUUGCGGUGCCACCCGGAGAGAGAUUACAGGGGAGCUAAUCCGCCGCCGGGUGCACGGAAGCAGCCGAAGCCGGACGCCGGUCCUUCUGCCGCGAGAGAUCUGCCUGCGAAAAAGUGGCAGACGACCGCGAGAAGAGGUCGACAAGGGACGGCCAGCGGCGGCGACGACGCCGAAGAUCUUUUAGAGGCUGCUGCCAUGACCAUAUUGCGUAUGGCACAUGCAGAGCACCGGGGUCGGGCCGCAAUCACUGCUGAGGAGGAAGGAAGUCAGACGAAACAACUUCAGCUCACUCAGUCUUGCCACAAUGAUGAUGAGCUUCCUCCUAGGGUUCAGAAUAUCAACUCUGGGGACGAUCUGACAUCGAGCUACAGGAGAUCUAAGAAGACGAAGGUCGAGUCCGCCACAUCUGAUCAUGGUCGAAGGUACGCGUGCAGUGUGUGCUCCAAGACCUUCUCUUCGCACCAGGCACUUGGAGGGCACAUAGCCAGUCACAAUAAGAACAAGACCAACCCCAAAGAAGCAGCGGCGACCGCAGCGACGGUGGAGAACCAGGGCAGAAGCACUGCAGUCGCGAAACCGGCCACCGCGGAACACCGGUGCAAGAUUUGCAACGACGUGUUCACCAGCGGGCAGGCACUUGGAGGUCACCAGAGACGGCACUUCCAUCAACUACACCAUCGAUCUCCAGCUCCAUCCUCUUCCUCACACCCAUCUGACGACCAUGUGGCGCCGGUGCAGCACCAUCACCCCGGUGAGCAGCAGCUACAUGAUCCAGCUCCAUCAUCUUCAUCACAUUCAGCUCAACAUGAUCAGUUCUGCUGGGAUCUCAAUAAGGCACCACCGAAUCUUGACUGAGAACACAUCUAUGCUACAAAUCUAGUUCUAACAAGUUUGCAGUAGUGGUUAUCAGGUAGCAGAUGCAGCUAUCAAAAAGACUAGGUUUUGCCAGUGAAACCUUCUCAUCUUUUGCUCAAAGUCAUGCACUUCUUUUUCUCUUUCUGAAUGCUAUGUGAUGUGUUAUCUUAAAUUGUUUUCUUCUUAUUUUA